CGGCUUCUGCUAAAAAAUUUAUCGCCUUUGGACUUCAUAUUAUAGGCGUAACACAAGCAUCCAAAAACCCGCAUAGAAGUAUAACUUGGCGGCACUCCAAAUAAAAUUUCAUAAGGGGUCUUGUAAUUAUGAAUCGCAGAGGGAGUGCGAUUGAUGAGGUAAGAAGCAGUCAAAACACAUUCACCCCAAAAAGAAAUAGGUAAAUGCCCCUGAAAUCGCAAGGCACGAGCAACAUUCAAAAUGUGCCGAUGUUUGCGUUCAACACGUCCAUUUUGUUGUGGAGUGCCAACACAAGAAGUCUGAAAGAUAAUACCACUAAUGCGAAAAAAAUCUUUUAAACAAUUAAAUUCGGUCCCGUUGUCACUUCGCACAUGUUGGGAUAUAUUAUCCCGGCAUAUUACUGUUCAGGAGCCCAAGACAUUACUCUCUACGGAGCCCGAGCAGCUAGGCCCAUUUCGGCCCAUCCGGCCCACUUUAGCCAUUUCGGCCCGCUUUGGCCCACGCGGCCCGUUAGGGUGGAGAGCAUCCCCUCCCCCUAUUCUCUAUAAAUAUGGGAGCUUCCCUCCAUAUUAUGGAUGGCUUCCUUCAUCCCUUUUUAGCUCUCCUUCCUCCUUUCUUUUAGACUUAGCUCAAAUACCCAUGAAUGGGAGCUUGUACAAUGUAAUGGUGAGGAGAGUCCUAAUGAGAAUUGAGAGGGCUUGGACAUUAGCCUAAAAAGUCCCGUGGUUUUCUCCCUUUCGGGUUUCCACGUAAAAACUGAGUUGUUCAUACACAUUUAUACAUAUAUUUACUAUAUCGUGUUGGAUUAAACUCAACACUGGCGCCGUCUGUGGGAAACUGUCCAAAAAGAUUCGUGUGUUCUACUGUUCUUGAGUUUCUACAAAAAAAAAUUCAUACGAAAUAUACUGAUUCCGGAAAAAAAAAUGAUUCUGGAGCAAACAUGAAGAAAAACGAAGGAAAUAUGCUUCUGGGAAGUAAGGGAGCUACGAAAUCUGGAGGAUGACAUUUGGAUUUUUCCAGAUCCGGAUUGGGGGUCGCCGGAGCCGUCGCCACCUUUCCCACCGCGGUGGACCCUCCGGCGAGUUCAUCCACACCAGACAAAGACCUGCUGCAGCAUCCCUGGACCUGGUCUCGUCAUCUCGGUCCCAGGAGAGCUCCGCCGUAGCAGCACUGUUCAUCGGACGUAGCUGGGUCCUCCGACGGGAACGCAGCACCGUCUUGCACCGCCAGCUGCAUGCCGCUGCUCAGCCCCCAACCUCUGGUAAUGCGACGGGGUUUUUUAAGCUGAGGCUUCCCCGGGCUCUGCCAUGGAUGGCUGCUUGGAGCUCAGGAAGGGUAUGCUUCGGAGUUCGGCCGAUCUCCACCGUGGGCUAGCUUUUCCAGCCUCCCUCGCCCUGCUGUAGCUUUCGUCGCCACCAGCCAGCAACUGACCUGCACUGAUUGACCUUGGUGGGAUGUUUCGUCUGCCUUUCCACCAGAUGCUC